AUGGUCAAGUUCCCCGUGGAUGCCGAGGCAGCUGUCUACACCGUCCAGGUGCAGGAGGUUUAUGGGGACAUGCGAGCAGGGACCCUGCGCUACAUCUGUGGGCUGCCUCUGGAGCCUGACGAGGCUGCCCGCUACGUGUUGCCCACCGUGCUACGUCCCCGCUACACUCCCCAUGAGCUGCCGUACACCCUGAGCCUGAGCGCCACACUGCAGUCGUCCCACAGCAUCAACCACAUGCUCUCCAACUGCCCCCUCUCUCCCCUGAGCUAUACAGCCAGGAACCGAACCACUGCCCAGGUGUCACUGGCCCAGGCUCCCCCGUGGGACUGGGAUGUGGAGCUGCUGGUGUAUUACACGGAGCCACACAAACCUAGCGUGGUGCUGGAGGCAGGGCUGCCUGGAGCCAAGCCAGGCUCCCUGAUGGGCGACCCGGCCGUGAUGGUGACCCUGCUGCCCAGCAUGCCUGAGGUGGUGCCAGCGCAGAGCCGGGCCGGGGAGUUCAUCCUCUUGCUGGACCGCUCCGGCAGCAUGUCGUGCCCCAUGGACAGCAGGACCUCUUCUGCCAAUGCAUCAACAGAGACCCUGAUCCUGCUGUUAAAGAGUUUGCCCCUGGGCUGUUAUUUCAACAUCUAUGGCUUUGGGUCUGAGUUCGAGUCCUUCUACCCGCAGAGCGUGGAAUAUACCCGGCAGACCAUGGCCGAGUCCUUGCAGCUCGUCCAGCUGCUCCAGGCUAACCUGGGAGGCACCGAAAUCUUGGAGCCACUACUAGCCAUUUACUGCAGCGCCUGCCGGGACGGGCACCCACGCCAGCUGUUCGUGUUUACGGAUGGGGAAGUAGAGAAAACCCAAGAUGUCUUCACAGAGGUGUGGAGUCACCGGGGGACCCACAGGUGCUUCUCCUUUGGCAUCGGGGACGGAGUUUCCACAGCUCUGAUCAAAGGCAUCGCCUGGGCAGGGGGCAGCGCCGACUUCAUCACUGGCCAGGACCGCAUGCAGCCCAAGGUGCUUCAGUCUCUGAAACCGGCCCUGCAGCCGGCAGUGACUGGGAUCUCACUGAGCUUGGAUCUGCCCCCUGGGAUACAGGCACAGCUGCUGCCGGGGCCCGAGGUGAUCUUCGCUGGGCAGCGGUGCCUCGUCUACACUCAGCUCUGCGGUCAGCCCCAGCCCCCAAACUCUCCCAUGGGGGGCGUCACCCUGCAGUAUGGCAGCCAGGACCAGACCUACAAGGAGAUACUGCAGUUCCCCUGCAGCCAAAGGAUGGAGACAGUGGCUGGAACGCAGGCGUUCAGGGCUGACCCCGUGGCUCUCUCUCCCAGGCACAGGCUGCCUGUUCAUCGGCUGGCAGCCAAGUCGCUGCUGCUGGAGCCUGAGGGGGCUGUGGGCGCUGACCGGGCACCGGAGGAGUCUCCCUUGCUGAGGCUGGUGUCUUUGCAAAAUGCCAACGGUUUGUGGGACCUGGACCCCAGGCUUGCUGCCGUGCUGGGGGUGAGCGAGACCGAUGCCAGGGAGAGGAUACCCAGGGAGGACAUGAACCCCAGCAUCUGGGCCACGGUGCUAGCCGUGGUCUGGCUGCACGACCGGGCCAUGGGGCAGCGUGAUGAGCCCUCCCCUUGUUCCCUGAGCUGGUGUCUCUCCACUGACCCCCCUCUCAUUUCAGGGGCCCAGCUGAGCGAGUGCCUGGAAGCCGCCAAAGCCCUGCUGGACUGCAGCGUUGGCCAUGCUGUCUUUGGGCUCUGA